GGAAGGUUUUAAAUUCGAUAAAUUUCUCCCAAUUGGUAACAAUUCAGAUUCUCAAUCGUGAACACAAGUACGAUCCCUUGUCGCAUUUGGUAUCUGGAGGAAUGGCAGGUGGACUAGCAGCUGCUGUCACGACACCACUCGAUUGUGUAAAAACAGUACUCAAUACGCAGCAGACACCUGAAGUUAUCGAAAAAGAGGGCAGUAUGGUGCUAAAGGUGAGUCCUUGA